AUGAAUUAUUCCCCCGCUAUAAGCGCCAAUAACAUUGACGUCGACAUGCAGCAUCCUGAGUUUCAGCAAGAAGACGUACAAAUGUCUCAUGACGCGGAUUUAUUUGGUGACGAUGAAGACGAUGAUAAGGGUCCUGGCGACUUCAUGGAUGUUCUCAGUCAGCCUCCCACCCCAGUGUACCGCGACUCAAAAAAGGGCGAGGGGAGGGGGGGGGGGCCAGAGAGGAAGUGGUAUAUAUCUGGGAAGCGUCGCAUUCAGGAAGUUGACUAUUCACAGAGGAAACUGAAGUGGUACGCACGAGAAGCUCAUUGGGGAUACACUGCUGAUCAUACCGGCAGAUACGCCGAGAAGCUCAAGACCACAUUGAGGAGCAACGACGUCUUGCAGAAGAAGAGCAUGAGCGCCACACACGCCGAUUUCAACGAGCGAUGGGAAAAGGCUCUGAGAGAGCGAGAGCGGGAAAAGCAAGAAAUUCACACAUGGCAAGAGCAGCAGCAAGCACUGCUGAGGAAAAAUGUUGCUGAAGAACUAGCACAGCAUGAAGCAAAAAUAAGUGCAAAAAAAGACCGAGAGUUGGCUGAAGAACUGGCACGACACAACGCAGAUUUAGAUACAAGAAAAAAUCAAGAGCUAGAAGAACGCGAGAGAGCCAUUUUUGCCGAAAUGGAGCGAAGGCUACAACUAGAAAUAGAAAAAAUGAGGGUAGAAAAAGAGAACGAGCUCGCUAACAUGGAGCAGCGCUUUGCAAGACACGGUAGGCAACAGCAUGCGGCCACGGAAAUCGGCACAGACCCCACCCGAAGGAACGCUCAACAGCCACCCCACACGCCCCAGAAACCACAGCUCAAGACUCCGUGCCUCGAGACGAUCAAAAAGAUCAGGAAGGCGCGUGGAACAACACGCAAGAUGUGUCUGGUAUCUGUAGUAGAGGACGCUGACGAGCCUAUGGAAACGCAUCGAGAACGAUCAUCGACAAUUGAGCAAGAGCCACAGCGAUUUCAGCCUGACAACGUCUACCCUAUGUCUGCGAUGGAAAACACGAUCUCCAAAGGCAUAGAGGCGGCACUCAGACGCAUCCUCGUCGAUAAGGAUAUUUUGACAUCCAGGAAGCAUAGUCCUCGAAGGAAAAAGAAGCAGGAUGAUGAAAUUAGGAUAGAAAGGGCCGCAGAUUUGAGCCACGAAAGAGACUUCCUUCUUGGUGAAAUCCGGCGUCUCCUCAAAGAUACCUUCAGUAUAUCUCAAGAUGCAGAUUUUAUUGUGCACCAGCCAGCGGAUCGUGGAGAUGUGUACUCAUACGAGUACGAAGAUGGCCCAGGCCCCAACACCCAGAAUCUGGCCUUUGAUCUCAAACACGGAUUUAACACCCCCUGGAAUGCGAAAAUUCUCGAUAUUCUCCUUGAAUAA